GCCCGAUGCGGCAAUGCAAAGCAAUCCCCACCACUCCCGCUCCCCUCCUGCUGCCCGCCCCCCCAUCCCAGUCCCCGUCCAUCCCGACCACAGCAAAUCCAUCACAAUCCCCACCCCUCCCCCACCGCCUUUGCCCCCGACCCAACUGACUUGGUCAAAUCUACCAGUCGAACACACCGUCUCAGCCCGCUUCCCGUAGCGCCGGCUACGUGCAGAAGAUUUACUUCCCCAUCCAGCAACAAAACUUCCCCCGCACUUCACACCACGGACGGAAGAAAAAAAAAAAAAAACUUCCCCCCCCCAUCCCAGACAGAAGCGUGUCGGAAGGCGAGGAACACGCAUAGUCGCAUCCAGAGAAGAUGGCUACCGUCGUUUUCGCCGCCAAUAACGAAUCCUACCGCAAACGCCGUCGCGCUCAUCGCGCUUGCGAACAGUGCAAACGACGCCGCCGCCGCUGCGAACCCCCCUUCGAGAACCAUGACCGCUGCGCCGGCUGCACCCGGGAUGGCAUCGCAUGCAGUCUCGUGAUCCCAUCACCCUCGCCGAACCCUAACCCGCUGCUGCCCCUCACCCCGCCGCCGCCGCCGCCAACGCCGCCGGGUGACCAUCCCGAGGCCUCGACUCGGCCGCGCUUCGUGGGCGACCUCAACCCCGAGUCCGUUUUCCUGACGUCCGCGGCGGUGCCGCAGCAACGGGAUCUCGCGGAAUGCGGCGUGUGGGCGGUUCCCUCGCCGACGUCGCCGCAGCCACCGCCGCAGCACCACCAGCACCACCAGCAGCAGCAUGUGCACCACCAGCAGCAGCACCACCAGCAGCACCGCCAGCACCAGCAUAAUCCCCACAUACCGCCUCACCUGCCACGAGCGUACCUCACCUACCUCGACUCGAUAGGCGCGUUCUCGUUGCCAACGUUACGCGCGCGGGAAGCACUCGUCGGUAUCUUCUUCGAGUGUGUGCAGCCUUUGCUGCCACUACUGGAUGAACCGGUGUUCCGCGAUCAGCACGCGAAGAGCACCGUCAGCAUACCGCUUCUGCACGCGGUGCUGAUGGUUUCCGCGCGAUAUCCGAAUGCGGCUCGCUACCUUCCCGCCGGGGUGUCGGCACGGAGCUUUGCGCAGAGCACGGCCGACAAGGUGGAGGCGCUGCUGCAUGGGGGCGUCGAGCGGGAGAGGCUGACGCUGGUGCGCAUCCAUGCGCUGCUGGCGUUUCACUCCGAGGGGCCGAGCGGGAACGAAAUCGCCAGCCUGCACCUUUCCACCGCCGUGCACCACGCCUACUCCCUAGGACUGCACCUGGACCGGCGCGUCAUCAACCGCGAGGAGCUGCGGCUGUGGUGGGUACUGUGGGCGCUCGACGCACUGCAAGCCAGCCUGUGCGGGCGUCCCGUCGGCGUGCGACGGGAAGACGUGUCCGUCCCCACGCCGGAGCAAUGGGGCGAGCGAGGGCUCUUCGUUGCGGCAAUGACCAUCGCCGACGUGCUCACCGACGUCAUCAAACUCUACCGACCGGGCAACACGGUCUCGGGCUGGGAAGGCCCAUGGAUAACGCUCGAAUCGCUCCUCCCGCCGGGCGGCGACACGGGCGUAGCAGCCAACACCCUGCGGCUGUUCUACCACGCCGUCACGAUCCUCUCCUACCGCUCCUCGUUCGCCUCCUCCUUCGUGUCCACCCACACCUCGGCCUCCUACGCACGGCGCAUGUCCUCAGCACACGCCAUCCUCGCCCUCUUCAGCGCCCCAAACAACAACCCCUUCCCCCCGCUUCCAGUAGUCCCGUACGCCGUCUCGCUAGCACUAACCUCGUUCUUCUCCGCCCUCCGCGCCGACCCGGACUCCCCCCACACCGCGGAAUACAAAUCGUCGUUCCUGCGCGCCUGCUCCAUCCUCGAGGAGCUGAGCACGUACUGGUUUUUCGCCGGUGCGAUGGCCGCCAUGGGGCGGCAGGCGAUCGAGCGAAUGGCGGUGAAGGAAGCUGCGGGCGUGCUGCGCGUGCUCAGUGGCAAUGCGGGCGAGGAGCAGACUGUCAAUGUCGGCGACGCCGGUGGCGGCGAAGACGGCGUCGAGGCGUGGUUCCUCCAGCUGUUUCCCGAUUUGGCACUGCCGACAGGACUCUUUGGCAAUGGAGCGGGCGAUGCCGUCGGCGCGUUGGGGUGGGAGGAGCCGGUGCAGGGAGCUGGGGCGGGGAUGGGCGCGGGUGUGGGGGCGGGUGCGGGGGUGGGGUGGGGGGGUUAUUGA